CACACAACUGUUCCAGUUUCCUUUAUAUGUCUGAAACCUAUAAAGGGGGUGACCCGAUCAAGAAUCAUUCGACCAGUAAUUUCUUCAGCUACAGGUUUAUCUGCAGACAACGAGAACUCAAUCUAUGGUUUUUCUUCCUGCCAUCUGCUCCUGCAACAGUGAAACUCUAACGAGACAGUGUGUGGGAAAGACAGACAGAAAAAAGCAGUGAGAGCUAUGCUUCAUAAUGGAGCUGGGACAAGUGGAGGACAAGACAGUGGCAGUAGUUCAAAGGACCACAGGAAACUUCAUCGGCUGGUAGAAGAGCCUCCUGAGUUUUACAGAUCACAAAUAAAGUCCACAGCAGGAGAUAUAUCUUCAAGAGCCUCUCAGUGCAUCAUCACAAAGGUAAUGCAAAUGAAGGACACCAGUGAAAAAAACAACAAGCAACAUCAACAGUCCAUCCUGCAGAGACCAUCAGUUCUUCGUAAAGGCAACCAGACUCUGCCACAUGUCUUGUCCAGCCAGUUUGGUAUGAGUGACUGUUCCACUGAACUCGUGUUUAAAGAAGAAAUGGACAAUAAACUGCCAGUCAACUUGUCAUCUUAUGACACAGACUAUCCCACCAGAGUCAAUGCUUCUGCACCGAGUCCUGCUCAGAGCACAAAAGAGCACCAUACAGAUCCUCCAAGGGGAUCUGAAAACCUUUUAUUUAACAAAGGUGUGUGCACCUGGCCAGGCUGCAAGGAAGCUUUUAAGGAAUAUAAUCACUUCCUGAAACAUCUCUAUUCGGAGCAUGGUCCUGGAGACAAAACCUUUGAACAAUGGAGAAUGCAGAAAAAUAUGGUUGAACACAUGGAAAGACAGUUGGUUGUGGAGAGGCAGAGGCUACACUCCAUGUACCUGCAUCUUUUUGAUGCUAACCCAAGAAUGAAGCAGUCCAGUACUCCUUCAGGAAGCCUGCAGUCCUCUCAGAGUUUUAACAUUCUACAUGCACAAAACACAGCCUCAUCUGACAUGCUACCUCCAGGAUACUGGCAAAUCCCAGCAACACCAUUCAUACCAGGAAUUGUCCCCAGUAUUGAGUGCUACAAAUACACGAACAUGAGGCCACCAUUUACUUAUGCCUCCAUGAUCAGAUGGGCGAUUCUUGAAUCUCCUGAAAAACAGCUAACGCUGAAUGAAAUCUAUCACUGGUUUACACGCAAGUUCUGCUACUUCCGUCAUAACACAGCCACAUGGAAGAAUGCAGUCCGGCACAACCUAAGCCUCCAUAAGUGCUUUGUACGUGUUGAUGGAGGGAAAGGCUCUGUUUGGACAGUGGAUGAAGCAGAAUUUCUGAGGAGGAGAGGGCAGAAGUUACAAAGGGACCAAGACAUGAACUGGGUGGCACACUAUUCCAUGUUUUAUUCUUGAAAUGACCUUCUUCAGUGUUUAACUUACAUCUUGAGACAUUCUGUGCAAUGUCAGCAAUACCUCAAAGUCUCUCUUUCAAUGGAUCUAUGAGUAAAUUCUUAUUUUCAUUUGACUUUUUCUCUUUGACUUGCCAAUACGGCUAAAGUGUAUGUGGGCUUCUGUGGAGUUAGAUUUAUUUUAUUUGAAUUUUCAGUUAGAAUUUCUGGGUUCUAUAUUCACCUGCUUUUACAUGCAAAUUUGUCUGAAAGUGAUUUUAAUAAUGAGAAUAAUUCAUUUUAAAUUUUCAUAGUACCAAAUAACUUUCAAAUGAAUGAAAAUGUAUUUGUAAAAAAAAUAGAUAAAUAAAUCAUUUUCAGAUUUGCAUUAUGUAUGCCAUUUCUGGUGGGAUGACUUUAACUCGAUAGCUUUUUUCAGCUGCAGAAAGACAGCUGCUCUACAUAGGCAGAUGCCUAAAAUACUAAGGUAUACAAAUUCUUGUGAUAUUUCAUUGUAUUUAAGUGGUCUUGACUGUCCUAUGUUACAAAAUAAAAACAAUAUUAC